GGGAGUAUUCGCGGAAAGCAUGAAGGCUCUUUUUGCAUAAAGUCUGUGCCAGCGCAGACGAACAGCUUUUUUUUCCCACCAGUGCUCCCAGUCAGUGGCUCGCUUCCAUACAGGUGGACCUUUUGUUUCGUGACGGGACCGAGGCAUGACGUGACCGGGAUCGUCCGCAGCGCUCCCUCGCUGAAGUUUAUUGUGGGACCCUCUUCUGCUACCUGCUGUAAGGUGGAGCCGGCCCCAUUCUCCCUGGAAGAGACAGACGGACGGAAGGGCCGCCCCGUGGAGUGUGCUCCUUUUUCAUGGAUGCCAGGUUGGCCCUGCUGCACCUGUGGACGGUCCUUGUCCUAAUGACAGCGGAGCCGAGGCGGAUUGACGCUGCCGACGUCUACACCAACACUUGGGCUGUCCAGAUAAGUGGGGGGCCGGAGGAAGCCCAACGCAUCGCCAGGAAACACGGUUUCAUUAACCACGGCAAUGUUUUCGGUGAUUAUUAUCACUUCAGGCAUCAUGCUGUGGAGAAGAGGGCUUUGUUCGGCCACAGGGGGAUGCACAUCAGACUGGAAAAAGAACCCCAGGUCCAGUGGGCGGAGCAGCAAGUGGUGAAAAAAAGGAAGAAGAGGGAUAUCUUUGAAGACCCAACAGAUCCAGAUUUCCCUGAGCAGUGGUACCUGUCCACGCCAACGCACCAAGACCUGAAUACUAAAGUAGCCUGGGCUCUCGGUUACACGGGAAGAGGUGUAGUGGUGACUAUCCUGGACGACGGCAUUGAGAAAGAUCACCCCGACCUCAUCAGCAAUUAUGACCCUGAGGCCAGCUAUGAUGUUAAUGACGGAGAUGCCGACCCCCAACCGAGGUACACGCAGCGAAAUGAAAACAGGCACGGGACGCGAUGUGCGGGAGAAGUUGCAGCAGCGGCCGACAACGGCGUGUGCGGCGUCGGUGUGGCCUACAACGCUAAGAUAGGAGGGGUUCGCAUGCUCGACGGCGAGGUGACGGACGUGGUGGAGGCCCACUCUCUGAGCCUGAACCCGCAGCACAUCCACAUUUACAGCGCCAGCUGGGGCCCGGAGGACGACGGCAAGUCACUGGACGGCCCGGCCAAGCUGGCGAAGGAGGCUUUCAUCCAGGGAAUCACCAAGGGACGCGGUGGACAAGGCUCCAUCUUUGUGUGGGCCUCGGGUAACGGGGGCCGCGAGCAGGACAGCUGCAACUGCGACGGCUACACCAACAGCAUUUACACCCUCUCCAUCAGCAGCACCACGCAGUCCGGCAACGUGCCGUGGUACAGCGAGCCCUGCUCCUCCACCCUCGCCACCACCUUCAGCUCCGGGAACCCUGGGGAGAAACAGAUAGUGACCACAGACCUGAGGCAAAAAUGCACCGACUCACACACGGGGACGUCCGCCUCCGCCCCGCUGGCUACUGGCAUCAUUGCUCUGGCUCUGGAGGCCAAUGUGAACCUGACCUGGAGGGACAUGCAGCACCUGGUGGUGAGAACGUCCCGGCCCGGACACCUCAGCGCCGGGGACUGGAAGACCAACGGAGUGGGACGCAGAGUGAGUCAUUCGUACGGCUACGGGCUUCUGGAUGCAGGUGCCAUGGUGGCUCUGGCACAGGACUGGACCACAGUGGCGCCGCAGCAUCAGUGUGUUCACACCAUGCUCACACAACCAAGAGACGUCGGGAGCAAGCUGGUGUUCAGCAAGAGCGUGGACGCGUGCUGGGGACGACCCGACUACGUCAGCUCUCUGGAACACGUCCAGGCUCGCAUCACUCUGUCCCACAACCAGAGAGGAAAACUGGCCAUCCAUCUCAUCAGCCCACUGGGCACGUGUUCCACCUUGCUGUUUCCCAGGCCCAAUGACUUCUCCUCUGAGGGAUUCAACGACUGGGCCUUUAUGACCACCCACUCGUGGGGCGAGGAUCCUCAAGGGGAAUGGACACUGGAAAUAGAGAAUGUAGCGGCUAAUGGACGUGACCUUGUUGUUUUGAGUCAGUUCACCCUCAUCCUGUGGGGAACUGGAUCGAGCGUCGUCAACCCCUCCUUGUCUGACUACCCUCGACCGUCCAACAACAGCUGCAAGACCUUCGAUGCCCAGCAGAUCUGUAUCGAGUGCAGCCCCGGCUUCUCCCUCUUCCUCCAGGGUUGUGUGAAGUUGUGUCCGCCGGGCUUCGCCUCCGGCCCACAGCUCCUCAACCUCUCCCUGGAGAACUGGGUGGACCUGUCCUCCGUGCAGGCCUGCCUACCCUGCAACGCCGCCUGCCUCACCUGCUCCGGCACGGCGCCUACAAACUGCCUCUCCUGCCCGCCUCACAGCCACCUGGUUCUCACCGCCUGCCUGCACAAGAACCAGGUCCAGCGCAAAUCCCCUCCACCUGGGGGCCUGGAGGUCGACGGGGCGCGGCCACAGGGCGAGAGCCCCACAGCGGCGGGGGACGGCGGAGGAGGAGGAGGAGGCGGCGAGGAACCGCCGGAGCUGGGCGUAGCGCCGUCCUCUCAGUUGCCGGCGGUGGUUGCCGUGCUCAGCUGUGCCUUCGUCCUGUCUGCCUUCGUCGGGGUCUUCUUCUUGCUGCAGAUGCGCUCGGGCGGCGCUUCUUCGGGCUGGAGGACCAAACUGCCCUCUGUGUACUCGCAGGCGGGGGUGCGGGCGGGCUUCGGCUUUGGCUGGGGCCGAAGGCGGGAGAGGAAGGCCCGCAUUUGCUACAGGGGGAUCCCCACUGUGUGGGGGGACGAGGACGUGAUCGCCUUCCAGUCUGAAUCAGACAGCGAGGAGAGGACCGCUUUUAUCAAGACCCAGAGCGCGGUCUAGCUGAAGCGGCGUCUGACGUCGCGGCCGCUUGUCAUCAGCGUUUAGACCUGGAUGUACAGAGCUGAUUCACGCAGGGGGAUCACAAAGGCUGCGCAAAAACCAGAACGCAGGCCUUGCUGCCCCAUCAGCACACCACCCAAAUGCACCACGCUGUGUUUUUUUGCGUAGUUAUGAACAUUUAACAAUGUUUGUUAAUGUAUCUUAUUGAUUAAUAUUAGAUGACAGAUGUAUUCAUGAUGCAUUUGAAUCUUGAAUACUUGAAUCGUGCAAAAAUCACCCGUUUGAGGUGUUAUGCAACUGUUAUUUGUUUUGAUUGAUCAAAGCUUAACCAUAUUUUGUCCAGUUCGUCAAAGAAAUAUUCUACAAACUAAGUAUUGCACUCCCAUAAAACUGAGGACUUAUCAGAGAAAUUGAAAUCAAAGCACCAGAGGACGAGGUAUCCUGGCAUUUAUUUCCAAUAAAGAUACAAAUCCAUGUCGUUGUUGCAGACUUGUUGAAGCCCCUCCUAACUACCCAAGAACGUUAUACAACCCUAGUGAGCGAAGUAGUACUUUCUGUGGCAAUUAGACUGCUUCUCUGAGCCACUUUUCCUAUAUAUACAUUAAUUUGUAGCCUCAAACACCUGACCACAGGCAGGACAUUUUGUAUUCUAUUGUAUCAGAUUCGUAGCAGAUUGUGUGCCGGCGGUCGCCUAUUCAUUAAUACUAAAGGAAACUUCAAAUGGAAGCAUCGUUCAGCGUGCCGGGGCAGCACGAUAAAACACCCCGUCGGCUGUUUUUAGGAGAGCGAAACUGGAGGAAGCUCUGUUUUCAAUCCCUGCAAAGUGGGAAUUGCCACCACGGCAGAGACCCAAAAUCCCAUAGACUUGUUGUAAAGUAACACGGUUUCUGAAUCCCGCUGCUUUGCUGACCUUUACAGCACUGCUGUGGUUUCUGCUGGUAAGAAAUGACAUUAUAUUCUCUUCAUUUGUCCCCACAGAGCAUAUAUUGAUUCUCUCCAGAACAUCUUCAUCAUGGUAAAGCUCUUUCUAUCUUUCUUGUGAGCUCCCCGCAUUGGGAGACAAACACAGGCUUUAUUUCCUCAUCUAUAACAGUGUAGACCCCCACGCAGGUUGAAUCAAAGUCCUUUCGUAUAACAACAAGUACAGUGAUUAAGUAAUGAGAUCUUGGAUCACAUUUUCUAUGCUUGUUUUGUAUCCUUUUUUUAUUUAACUGACGAUGGAUGUUGAUAUUGUGCAGAUCAGCCUCAUGCUGGAAUAAAAACUGUCUGUUGCAUAGAUGGACUGAUGUGUCCAAACUGCCAGAUUAUUAUUAUUAUUAUUGUUUUUUGCAUCUGACACAACGACACCGACAGAGAGCAGAUGGUUCAUCACUUCUUCACUACUGUACAUUAUUGAAAGUAUGUCCCCUUCACUGAUGGCGCUUUGGUUCAACAGGGCGCCACCAUUCGGGGGGUUUUCUCCGUAAUAUCCAGUUGUAGGCUUUUAAGAAACCAGUUUCAAUAAGCUGUUCCCCUGAAAGUUUAAAUUAAUAUAAAUGGAAAAGGUUUGUAUGCAUAUGGAAACUUAAAAGAUGCCAGCUGGUUGCAGUGUUGUUCAUUAGCAGAUUUUCUUCAUAACACGCUCUAAAACUCAGGUAACUGGGUACAUGGGGAAAGGUACAUUAAUUCUGAAGUCCAUAAUUAGAUCUGCCAGGAGAACUGGCUGCACACAGCAAGCGCCACGCUUUUCAUUCUAAAUGCACAAUGUGUGAAAAUAAAAGUGCGUUGCAUUGACUCAUGGAGUUCAAAAGCAGAAGGAUUUAAAAGUUCUUGUAUCCUUUACAUCAUCAUUAUGCUGGUUGUCAUUGGUUCUUUUGUCACAUACUCCUUUUUUUUUUUAGCCUGUACUAAUUAGCAGUCAUUGUCGGAACAAUAAUGCCCACAAAAUAUUUAAUUAAAAUUAGGGCCGGGACUUUAGCGCGUUAAUUACGAUUAAUUAAUUACAAUGUGAAUUAAGAUUAAUUAAUUACACAAAAAUAACACAUUAAACAUUUUUUACGCAUUUUUACGCAUUCU